CUCCACACACAGACUGUCAGUGUGAACUCCACACACAGACUGUCAGUGUGAACUCCACACACAGACUGUCAGCGUGAACUCCACACACAGACUGUCAGCGUGAACUCCACACACAGACUGUCAGCGUGAACUCCACACACAGACUGUCAGCGUGAACUCCACACACAGACUGUCAGCGUGAACUCCACACACAGACUGUCAGCGUGGACAGACUCUUACUACAAGAUCACACCACUGACCAAGAGCCAACGCUUCAUCAAUCACUGUGGAGGAAGAUUUAAAGGCUGUUGAGAUGAUCAGUGAUCCUCUUGGUUUCAUCAUGACUGUGACUGUCCACAGCUGCAUGAAGAAAGAACCUUCAACUUGAACAGGGCAGGAGAGGGCUGGAGAGGAAGAGGACGAGACACACACCUCCCUCCCUCUCUAUCAUUCCCUUGCUCCCUCCCUCCCUCCCUCCCUCUCUUUCAAACACACACACUUUCUCUCUCCAUUUCUGUGUCUCUCUCCCCCUCUCCUUCUGUCUCCCAAAUUUUCUCUCCUAUUCCCCCCUUCUCUAUCCUCCCUCUCUCCUCUUGAGUCUCACCCUCUCUUUCCCUGUCUCUCCCUCUCUCCUCUUCUGCCUCUCUCUCUCUCUCUCCCUCCCUCCCUCUCUCCUCAUCAGUCACUCUCUCCCUCCUCUUCUGUCUCACCCUCUCCCUCCUCUUCUGUCUCACCCUCUCCCUCCUCUUCUGUGUCGCUCUCUCUCCCUCCUCUUCUGUGUCGCUCUCUCUCCCUCCCUCCUCUUCUGCCUCUCUCUCCUCCUCAUCACUUUGUGCGCCACUCCUCUUCCAGACGCGCGCCGCUCCCUGUCGUCCUGUUCCUCCAGACGUGUGUGUGUGUGUGUGGGGGAGAGUCAGCCUGAAGCAUGUGCUCGUCCGGGGCUCUGCAGCUUCCUCUGGGGCUCAUCAACAGCGAGGGCCGGUACCUGACCGCGGAGGCGUUUGGAUUCAAGCUGAACGCGUCCGCGAGCGGCCUGCGGAAGAAGCAGACGUGGACUCUGGAGCAGAGCGGCGAGGACGGCAGCGCGGUGUUCCUCGUGUCGCACCUGGGCCGGUACCUCGCGGCGGACAAAGACGGUAACGUGACCGCGGACAGCGAGGCGCGCGCUCCGGAUUGCCGCUUCAUCAUCACGGCGUACGAGGACGGGCGGUGGUCUCUGCAGUCCGAGCGGCACGGGCGGUACCUGGGCGGCAGCCAGGACCGCAUCACGUGCUUCGCCUCCAGCGUGUCGCCCGCGGAAAAGUGGAGCAUGCACCUGGCCGUGCACCCGCAGGUCAACCUCUACAGUGUCGCGCGCAAACGCUUCGUGCACCUGAGCGCGCGCGGGGACGUGUGCGCGGACCGGGACGUGCCGUGGGGCGUGGACAGUCUGAUCACGCUGCUGUACCGGGACCAGCGGUACCACGUACAGACGUGCUCCCACCGCUUCCUCCGCGCGGACGGCUCUCUGUCCGCGGACACGGACCAGAGCACCGGCUUCACUCUGGAGUUCCGCUCCGGGAGCGUCGCGUUCCGUGACGCAGAGGGCCGGUACCUGACCCCCACGGGCCCCUCCGGAACCCUCAAGAGCGGCAAGGGCACGCGCACGGGAAAAGAAGAGCUGUUCGCUCUGGAGCGCAGUCACGCGCAGGUCGUGCUCACCGCGGGAAACGGCAAGAAUGUGUCCACGCGACAAGGCAUGGACCUGUCAGCCAAUCAGGACCAGGAGGAGGACCAGGAAGUGUUUCAGCUGGAGAUGAAUCCAGAGGAGCGCCGGUGUGCCUUUAAGACCGCCGCGGGCAAGUACUGGACCCUCACCCCGAGCGGAGGCCUCCAGAGCACUGCUGCUGACAAGUCUGCUCAGAGCCUGUUCGAGCUUGAGUGGAGUGACAGUCACGCUCGUGUGCGUGCGGCUAACGGCAAAUAUGUGACCGCUAAGAAGAACGGACAGCUCGCAGCGACGGUGGACAGUGCAGGAGAGGCAGAGCACUUCCUGGUGAAGCUGAUAAACCGUCCAAUCAUCGUGCUGCGCGGGGAGCACGGUUUCAUCGGCGCUCGCAAACCAGGCCAGCCCACUCUGGACUCCAACCGCGCUUCCUACGACCUGUUCAUGCUCGAGCACCACAACGGAGCCUACGCUAUCAAAGACUCCCAGGGCCUGUACUGGAGCGUGGCACCCGACCUCUCUGUGCUCUGCUCCAGCCCCACCCCUGUGCCCUUCCUCCUCUUCUUCUGUGACCUCCAUAAGAUGGCGGUGCGCGCUGUGGGGGGCCACUACCUGAAGGGAGACCACGCCGGGGCCCUCAAAGCCAGCGCAGAGAGUCUGGACAGCGCCACACUGUGGGAGUACUGAGCCGCUGCAGUGGGAUUACAAGUAUUAAGUGUAUUUGUACUGGUUUACUUUGUGUGAUGUAUCUUAAAGAGGCGGCAUAUCUUGUCAAAAGUGAAUAGCACUGUCCCCCUGACAGUAUUGGGACAAUAAUAUGUCAAACCAUCAGUUCAAAUAUGCCUGUAAAUGUCUAAAUUGUUGAGGUUGAAGUUUCACAUAAAAUGUGAAUGAACUGUAAAAUGUACCUCCUAUCACACCUUCAUAAUCAAGUCUGUAAUCAGCUUUUUACUUACUUACUUAGUUACUUGUUCUUUAAAUUAAAGUGGGGGUAUUAUGCAAAGUGGACUUUUUGAAGCUUUCUACCAAGUUAUAACAUUGUUCCCUCAUCAAAAACAUGCUUCAAGAGCUUUUAGAUGUCAUCCAUGCAUGUUUGUGUGUUUUACCAAUCUGUCCCAGGCCCUGUUCAAACCCUCCCACACCAAAACUAAAUAUACAGAAACAUGACACAAAACUGUUAGUGUACACGACAACUUGACACCCCUGAUGUGAUGUGCCAUAGUUCCAUUAGCAGGAUGCACCCUGAUUGUGUUGUGAAAGCGCUCUGAAGGGGGAGUGAUUUAGCAUGGAGGACAAAGAGAGUGAAAAUGAAACACGUUGCAAUAAAAGGUAACAUAGUGAUGGUAAUAUGUUCUGUGUUAGCAGUUAAUGCCCCAUAAAAGUGUAACACCCCCUCUUUAAGGACAAAAUAAUCUUCCCUUAGCAGAAAAAAAAAGUUAAUUAAUGUGAAAUGAGAAGCACGCCAAAGUUUAAACCUUCUGGUGAGGUAUGAAGUGCCAAAACACAGUGCCAUACUCUUUGUUUAUAAAAAGGAUUCUGUGCAAUUGAAACGUUUUGUAUUUCUGAGGCCUCUGUUAGAAAUCUAGAAAAGCUUUGAUACUGGUUAUAAUGAUUUCACUUUUGCAGAACAAUGUACGAAACUAGUGCCAAUUUCUUAUAUAUGCAGUCAAAUAUUUGUUAUCUGCAGUGUUGGGAAGGUGACUUUUAAAAUAUAUUCCCCUACAGAUUACAGAUUACAUACUCCAAAAUGUAGUUUGUAAUGUAAUCCAUUAAAUUACUUAAAGUGAGUAACGUAAUCUGAGUACUUUGGAUUACUUGAUUUGCUGUAGAGAAGCAAAGACGAGGAAAUUGUAACAUAAGAUGUUUUAUCUGCUAAAAGAAAAUUAAAAAUCCAGACUUUACUGAACCAAAUUAAAAAUAUUAUUGAAAGAAGAGGAAGA